GCGUAUGAACCAAUCAAACGCCAAGGACAACAGACACUUCCUGUGUUUAGUUCUUGAUAAACUCGUGGAUAACGUUGACUGUAAUAUUAUGUUGCAGAAGUUAAAAUCAUGAAUAUUCUCAAUCGCUCUAACAAACUGGUAUCGGCAUUUAAAAACAGCAUGUUACUAGAGAAAACGGGUCUUUUUAGGAGCGUCUGUUCGCUCUCCACGGCUCGUUGUGACAGACUUUGUUUGUCUCGAUGUUUCACACCAACUGUUUCCUCAUGUCAGCACUGGCAUCAUAAUAUGUCUUUACAUCACUUAGACACUAAAAGGUUUUAUUCAGAGGUGUUUAGUGAAAGUAGUGAUUCAGAGAGAAGCACUGACGAGUUUCAAGAGGAAUCACACGAGGUGGACAGUGGCAGCGGUGGCUUCAGUCACAGAUCUGCUGAGACGUUCAACCUGGAUACGCUGGUGUCUCUGCUGCGUCAGGAGAAUGCUGUGGAUAUCUGUGUGAUUAAAGUACCGGAGCACAUCAAAUACACGGAGUACUUCAUCGUUGCCAGCGGUGUAUCACCCAGACACCUGCGUGCCAUGGCUCUUUAUGCCAUCAAAGUGUACAAAUUUCUGAAGAAAGAUGGAGGUCCCAAUGUCAAGAUUGAAGGAAAGAACACAGAGGACUGGAUGUGUAUUGACUUUGGUAAUAUGGUAGUUCACUUCCAGCUACCAGAGGCCAGAGAAGUGUAUGAGCUGGAGAAACUGUGGACUCUCCGCAUGUAUGAUGAGCAGCUGAAGAGCAUGCCCACUGAGACCAUACCAGAGGACUUCAUAUAUGAUGCUGACAUUACUAAGUGACAAAUCAUCCAAGCUGUGCAAAGACUUCUCUGGGACUUUGGAUGCAUCCUUUCCUGUCCCUGUGAGGAGGGAAAAUGUGUUUUUUGUCACUUAAAUUAUUGAACACAUUUGUGUUUGGAAUUGAGAAUGUUUAUGGAUUAAAGAGCAACACUGUAGGACCAU